GCCCCACCCUUCCUUUCCUGGAAAAUGCGAAACAUUCGUGUAAUUAAAGACCCGAAGGCUGCUGAAAAGAUUAAAGAACGUCCGUGACCCUGUCGCCAAUUUGUCCGCAAAUCAUGAAGUUGCGGACAAAUCCGCAACUUAUAAAAUUGUGGAUGCGAUCCACAUAUCAUAAAUCCAGGGCCUAUCCUUUCUGAAAAAGGAGAAACGUUUUUGUGAUUAAUGACCCGAAGCCUGCUGAGAUUAAAGACCUGUCGCCAAUUAGUCCGCAAAUCAUGAAAUUGCGGACGAAUCUGCAAUUUAUUAAAAUUGUUGAUAAAUGGUCAACUAGUAAGAUUCUUAAAUCAUUUCUCUCUUCUUCACGCUUUAAUAGAUUUAUUUUUGAAUAAUUUAAAAUUAUUUUUUAGAAGAAAGGGUUAUAUUGAUCUAAAAUUUCUUACAAAUAAAAACACCAUGGAAGACCAAAUUUCAAAAAUUUCUGAUGCUGCAAAUCGAAUGCGUAUUUCUUCAAUUGAACAAACUGCUAAAGCAAAUUCUGGACACCCAACAAGUAGUUGUAGUGCUGCUGAAAUUGUUGCGACACUUUUCUUUUCUGAAAUGCGUUAUUCGGUUAAGGAACCUAAACAUGCUUCUGCUGAUCGUUUUGUUUUGUCUAAGGGACAUGCCUGUCCAAUUCUCUAUGCUGCUUGGGAAGAAGCAGGCUUGUUAACUCGAGAGCAAGUUUUGACUCUUCGCAAAUUAACUUCUGAUAUUGAAGGACAUCCAACUCCGAGACUUUCAUUUAUUGAUGUUGCUACAGGUUCUCUUGGACAAGGACUUUCUUGUGCUGCUGGAAUGGCUUAUACUGGAAAAUAUAUUGACAACGCUUCAUAUCGAGUCUAUUGCCUUUUGGGGGAUAGUGAAAGUGCAGAAGGAUCUGUUUGGGAGGCUGCAGCAUUCGCUAGCUAUUAUAAAUUGGAUAAUCUCGUUACAAUUGUUGAUGUUAAUCGACUUGGACAAUCUCGUGAAACUAUGCUUGGCCAUGAUUUGUUUACUUAUGCUAAACGUUUUGAAGCUUUUGGUUUUAAUAGUAUUAUUGUUGAUGGACACGAUGUUGCUGAUUUAUUGAAAGGUUUUGAUGAAGCAAGAAAAGUAACAGGCCAACCAACAGCAAUUAUUGCACGUACAUUAAAAGGGAAAGGAAUUGAAGGAGUUGAAGAUAAAGAUAAUUGUCAUGGAAAGCCAGUAACUUUGGAUAAAGCAGAAAUUAUUGCUUCAAAAUUGGGAAAUAAAACAACAAGAAAUGCCUGGGAAUUGGAAAAUUUAAUUGAUGAUGCUCCUGAAGUUGAUUUUGAAAUCGGAAAAAUUAAAAUGAGUUCGCCGCCAAAUUAUCAAAUUGGAGAGAAGGUAGCUACUCGUUUAGCUUAUGGAAAUGCUCUUGUUAAAUUGGCUGAUACAAGCAAAAGGAUUAUUGCGUUGGAUGGGUAUAUUUUUUUGAAAAAUUUUUUGAAAAAGUUUCUUGAAAUUUUUGAAAAAAAAUUUUUUAGAAAUUUUUAA